AUGGGCCAUGGUGUAUGUGAGGAGAUUUUAAUGUUAUCAUGGAUACUGAUGAAAAGCUGGGGGGUAAAACUUAUAGAAUCGGUAAGAGCAUUGACUGAUGGUGGUUUUAUUGGACCCAAAUUUACUUGGUGUAACAAUAGGAGGUUGACCAAAAGGAUCUGGAAGAGGCUUGAUAGGAUCCUUAUUAAUGAUGAUUGGGCACAAAAACUUCAAAACAACUUGGUAAGGCACCUUGCUAGAACAGGAUCAGAUCAUAGGCCACUUCUGUUCAAAUUCAAUGAUGACCAGCACUGUAGUAUCAAGUAUUUCAAGUUUUUAAACUUUUGGAUUAAUCAACCUGAUUUUUGUCAAACGGUAGAGAAGUCCUGGAAGGAACAGGUUAGAGGAAAUGCAAUGUGGACUCUUCAAGUUAAGCUAAAAAGACUGGGUAGAGUGCCUAGCCACUGGUCCAGACAUAAUAUUAGAGAUGUUCAUGAAAAUGUACAGAGUUGGGAAGCUAGAAUGGAACUGCUCGAAAAUCUGGAUAUUAUGAAUAAUUCUGAUCAUUCUAGGGAGGAUCUCAACAAAGGUUAUGCAGAAUAUGUCAAAUGGCUUAGCUUACAGGAUUCUCUUUUAAAACAAAAAGCUAAGCUUAGCUGGUUCAAAGAUGGUGAAAAAAACACUAAAUAUUUUCAUAGUGUCUUGAGAUUCAGAAGAAGGAAACUUGAAAUCCAAAGAAUCAAAAACCACAGAGGUAGAUGGAUUCAAGGCAAAGAAAAAAUUGCUAAAAAUACUGUGAAGCAUUUUGGUAAACAGUUCAACUUCAGCCUCAAUCUAGAGUAA